UGAGACCCUCAAAAUAGACGCUUGACUUCAUUUUUGUAGUAGUUAAACAGGAAAUACAUUUUAAAUAGAAAAAAAUAUCUAACAAGGAAGAACUAUAUGUUUUCUAAUUUCCAUUCGAGCGCUGGACUGUAAAUACAAAAACGAAGUAAAGUCUCUCUUUGAAGGAUACUCUCGUUUUGGAUUUUAUAUGGGCUCAGGUUCCGGAAUAUGAUGGUUAUUUGGGGACUCUUCCUCCUUCUGUUUAUUCGGGAACGCACCGAGUGUACAGUCCUUGUUCAGCCAUCACCGAUCGCUAACGUGACUUAUGGGAAGCCCCUGUACUUCAAUUGUACAUCCCCACCAUCAUGGGAGGCUGUCACUCUUAACAUUCCUGGUGAAACUGGUUUCAAAUUCGCCAUAAUUAAUGGCGGACAAUGUGAUGUUCCUAAUAACAGACGGGCAGAUUACAGCAUUGCUUGUCAUGGGAACACACUAACGUAUGGGAUUAUGAAGCCACGAGACAAUACAAUAUGGCGAUGUACCUUUAGCAGCUCGGGUGUUACGGAACACGGUAACACCACCGUCAGUUUACAAGCAGAUGAACCUGUCAUACUACCACAAAGACGUACCUAUACCAUCAUAGAGGGUUCCAACAUUUCCAUUCCGUGUACAUUUACUGGUGCACCGAUAUACAACACUACCUGGGAACACGACAAUAUUGUCAUGCAAUGGUCAGAUCAAACUCGGCCCUUGGUUCUGAGUUUACAGAAUGUCUCCAGAUCAGCUGCAGGAAAUUACACCUGUAACGUAACUGUUACCUUUAAGGGAACCUACACCGCCUCAAAUACAGUAAAUUUGAUCGUUGAAUAUCCGCCUACAUUGAAACCAAGUAUUGACACUACCGUCAAUGAAGGAACCGGAUCUGUGUCGCUUGCCUGUGAGAUUUUAGUAGAAGGGUAUCCCAGAAAUUACAGCGACCUCUACUGGCAGCACUGGAUAGGGAGCCAGUUGAUAAGAGAACUAGCUUCCGACACCCAUCUUACCAUUCCUACUGUCAAAAAAUAUACUCUAACUUUGAAAUCGGUUUCGUAUAAUAACACGGGACGUUACGUGUGCGUAAUGGGAAAUGGAAUUUCGAAUUUGGAUGGGAAGGUCGAACAAACUGCCCAAGUGGAACUGGUCGUGCAAGCUAUUCCAAGAAUCUUACGACCAAAGCAUGAGUAUCAUGGUCAAGUUGGAAAAACAUUGAAAAUAAUGUUUAACAGCGUUGGUCAUCCGAAAGCAAAUUAUCAUAUCAACUCCUUAGCGGGAAAUUCUACUAUCCAAUUCAAUAAAACGGAGACAUUAGGCGGAAUUGAUGUAGUCAUAAAUGAUGAAGUAAUCAAAAUGAAUGGAACUACCUUGGAAAUGGAUUUUGGCAAGAUAAGACACAGGUUCAGCACACUUUACCAGUUGAUAGCAGAGAAUUCCAUGGGAAGAGUAACUCAUAGCUUCUUGGUUCAAGGACACGAUUUUCCGAUUAAACCUUUCCAUAUCCAUUUCAAAAGAUACGAUGCCUCCGCUUUCCUUGAGUGGGAAGCUGCUACUCCAGACUUAGACAUGACUUAUGAAGUUAUUCUUAAGAAUUAUACUGGAGACGACAUUAUCAAUAUAAUUCCUGGAUCAAAUGAAACAGUUUACAAAUAUUGGUUGACUAAUCUCACACUGAACAAAGAGUAUAUCAUUCAGCUGUGUACAACAAAUGUUGUUGGUAGAAACUGCAGUUCCACAUUCAAAAUAAAAAUGGACAAACCUAUAUCUAUAACUUUGCAAGCCAAUCAGAUGCCGAUCUCGGAAACGACUCUAAUCUCUAUUGUUGUUGGUAGUGUGGGACUUCUAAACAUCCUUGUGGUUGUUCUGAUGGCCAGGAAUAAAAAAAAGCAUCGUAAAAAAAAAAGUCUCUCCUCCUUCGAAAGACAAAAUGUUCCCUCGAGAAGCAACAGUUGUUCGAUGCAAAGACCGACCAAUGAUUUAGAGACCUCCGAAAAUAACUGUGAAAGGACAGUGAACUUCUCUGCUGACACUUACCUGACGCCACAAUGCCUGACCUCACCGCAAUCAAAAUCACCCUCAUGGCAAUCAAACUUGGAUGGGAAUGAAUAUGCAAGUGUAGACGAUCCAACCCUCAUGAAAAUUGUUGCCCAACGAAAUCACAAUGUUGGAAUAUUCCGAUUAAAUGGUGGUGAUCCAGUGAACACUGGCAGUGUGCCAAACCUCCCAUCCCGAGUAACUCGAAACGUUAGUGAAACCAUGGUAACUCCUAACGCUUGUCCAGGAAACGAGUACUUGGAGAUGGAAAAGACAGCAGGUAUACCAAAGUCAACUAUGUCUCCAAGCUUGCAGUUUAAAAUCCCUAACCAAACCAUUAGCGAAGACUUUGAAUUCACUCAUUACGUCUCUAUGGAUGAUGAAGAUGAUAAGAAAAGUCCAGAGGUUCAGAAUGGUGGCUACAGUCAAAUAUGAACAUAAGAAAAGUCCGGAAGUUCAGAAUGCAUGGUGGCUACAAUGAUGUUGAAUAUUGCAAAUAGAAAGUGACUUCUUGUUUCCGUUGGUUUAUCAGUUUGGAGAAUAAAAAAAAAUGUUUUGUGUUUAAA